GAAACCUACUGUACCUUUUCGAACUUGAACUUCAUCCACUUCGUAACUUUGAACUCAAGGCUGUCGUUUGACGGCCUUGACAGGGCUAUGAAUCGUCUGGAACUGUGACGUAUCAGAUGUCGCUUUGAAUAUCUGAGGCUCAUUACUGGCUGGGAAAAAAUGGUUAUCUGAAUCUUUUGGUACCCCAGCAUGCGUUUCUCAUGGUCGCCAACUUAUUUUCUGCUUGAUUCCCAACCGCCAUGUUACUUUCCUUAUCUUUGGGCUUUCUGGGCCUGAUAACCGCUGCGAAGGGCGCUGCCCAGCACCGAUUUAAGACUACUUCCAGCCCCAAUGUUCCGGCUAUACCCACUGUGUUCGAAAGCUACGAUGCUGGAUUAUUCACUCCGUUGGAGGAUUUGGAUUUACUCUCUGCGGAGGUAUAUACUACAUUGAGGCAUCCUGUAUUUCCCAAACAUAGUGUCAGGAUCAAGAAAUCGACAGAGUUCUGUGACGGCACUGUCAAUGCGUACACUGGAUAUAUUGACAUACUGGCCAGACACAUCUUUUUCUACUUCUUCGAGAGUAGAAGCAACCCUGAUAAGGAUGAUGUUAUCUUCUGGACUAAUGGCGGUCCUGGUUGCUCAUCGGCACUGGGCCUUUUCAUGGAGCUGGGUCCAUGUCGCGUGCAGAAAGCAAAUGCUACGACGUUCAAUCCGCAUGCCUGGAAUGAGAACGCCAAUAUAUUCUUCGUCGAUCAGCCGAUUGGCGUAGGCUUCUCAUACGCCGACUACGGAGAGACUGUUGGCACAACGGAAGAAGCGGCUAAAGACCUUGCUGCCUUUGUCGCUAUAUUUUUUGAACAUUUCACCAAGUUUAAGGGACGGAGUUUCCACAUGGCUGGCGAGUCAUAUGGGGGUCGCUACAUCCCCGUAUUCGCAUCUGAGGUAUAUGAUCAGAACACGUACCUUGUUGAAGCUGGCAUGACCCCCAUCAAUCUAACAUCGGUUAUGAUAGGGAAUGGAUGCACUGACGAGGGCACUAUGUAUCGCUCAUACUACGAUAUGCAAUGCUCGCCCGCCUCUGUCCAACCUGUGAACAGCAUCACCUCGUGCGUGUUGAUGCGCCAGAUGGUUCCACGUUGUGAGAAAAUGUUCAAAGAGUCUUGCUCUGAGACAAUGGAUGCAAUCAAUUGCCUUAAUGCUAUAAACUUCUGUUAUGACGCUGUAUUUACCCCAUUCAUGGCUACGGGUAUCAAUCCAUAUGAUCUUGGCAAGACCUGCGAAGGCGAGGUAGCGGAUAAUCUGUGUUAUCCCAUUACGAAAGAGAUAUCUGCAUUCCUGGACCGCGCUGACAUCCGGAAGACUUUGGGUGUUGAUUCCUCGGUUGGAAAUUUCUCGUCCUGCAGCGACCAUGUUAGCGCGAGGUUUAGCGCCAAUCUCGACUUCGUGUUCCCCACACAAUACUAUAUCGCCGCACUACUGGAGCGAGGGGUGAAGGCUUUGAUAUACGUUGGCAUAAAUGACUGGAUCUGCAACUGGGUCGGAAAUGAUCGCAUGACGCUAGCGUUAGAGUGGGCAGGCAAGGAGGCGUUCAAUGCCCAGCAUUUACGUGAAUGGCAAUUCAAUGGUACCUCCGCUGGGCUCACUCGCAAGGCUGGACCGCUUACAUUUGCGACUAUCUAUGACGCUGGGCAUAUGGCACCAUAUGACAAGCCGGAGGCCUCGUUAGAGUUGGUACAGAGAUGGUUGGCCGGUGAUGAAUUGUGACCACCGCAGAAGGAACCUAUAGCCUCGUUGUAGGUCUUCUACCAGAUCUCACUGCUUUCGUUACAGGUGUAUAUCAGACCUGCAAGGUAUAUCUAAUCUCAGAGUUUGUAUUUCAGUGUACGAAACCGAAUAUUUGUGCAUGAAGGCGCGACAUGGUCGAACGGC